AGACAUUUUAAAAAAUUUUUUAACUUUAUACCUCCAAUUUUUUAACUCACAAAAAUGAACUUUCAAACAGCAGGAGCGUCCCCAGCCAGGUGUGCCUGCAGCCCCAGAUGUUUAAAUCAUUAAAGCAAAACUGACUUUCGGUGAUUUCAUUUUUGUUUUUUCCUCUGAAGGUUUGAGAUUAAAGCGUCACCUGUUGCUGCGUCUCCUCCACUCAGCCAGCCGCGGUUUGCGCUCUGGAGACGCCUAAAAACAAACAGAAAACGAGAACAUAAUCCAUAUCACACCUCCGCAGUUCAUUCAUUUCCAAAGCAAAAAGAAAAAAAAAAAGAAAACCAAGCCGCGCCAGGAGCGUUUGGAGUGCGUAAAUCGGCGCUGCGCUUUUUACGCACAAGAACAUAAUCAGCAAAUCAACAAAAACUUGUGACCCAGACUUUUAUUUUUUUAUUUAUUUGUAUUUUUUAAAUAUAUUUUUUGAGCAUCUUCGUCAUCCUCCUCAUCAUGCUGUUCGACAGCUUCGACUUGAUCUCGGCUCUGGCCACGCUGGCCGCCUGCCUGGUGUCCAUGGCGCUGCUGGUCGCCGUCUCCCAGCAGCUCUGGCAGCUCCGGUGGACGGCCACCCGGGACAAGAACUGCAAGCUGCCGAUGCCCAAAGGCUCCAUGGGCUUCCCCUUCAUCGGAGAGACCUGCCACUGGCUGCUGCAGGGUUCAGGCUUCCACGCAUCGCGAAGGCAGAAAUACGGCAACGUGUUCAAGACCCACCUGCUCGGCCGACCUCUGAUCCGAGUGACGGGGGCUGAAAACGUCCGGAAGGUUCUGAUGGGCGAGCACACGCUGGUGACGGUCGACUGGCCGCAGAGCACGUCGACGCUGCUGGGCCCCAACUCUCUGGCCAACAGCAUCGGAGACAUCCACCGCAAGAGGAGGAAGGUGUUCGCCAAAGUGUUCAGCCAUGAAGCGUUGGAGUCCUACCUCCCAAAAAUCCAGCAGGUCAUCCAAGAGAGCCUCCGAGUGUGGAGCUCCAACCCCGAGCCCAUCAACGUCUACAGGGAGAGCCAGAGGCUGUCGUUCACCAUGGCGGUCCGGGUGCUGCUGGGAUUCAGGGUGUCGGAGGAGGAAAUGCGGCACCAGUUCUCCACCUUCCAGGACUUCGUCAACAACCUCUUCAGCCUCCCAAUCGACCUGCCAUUCAGCGGCUACAGGAAGGGAAUCCGAGCGCGAGACACGCUUCAGAAAAGUAUAGAGAAAGCCAUCAGAGAAAAGCCUCUGUGUUCCCAGGGGAAGGAUUACAGCGACGCGCUGGACGUCCUGAUGGAGAGCGCCAAGGAGAACGGCACCGAGCUCAGCAUGCAGGAGCUCAAGGAAUCAACCAUUGAGCUGAUCUUCGCUGCCUUCGCCACCACCGCCAGCGCUAGCACCUCCCUGAUCAUGGCGCUCCUCCGCCACCCUCAGGUCCUGGAACGCCUCAGGGAGGAGCUGAGAGGCAGAGGCCUCCUCCACAACGGCUGCCUCUGUCCCGAACAGGAGCUGAGGCUGGACACCAUCAUCAGCCUCAAGUACCUGGACUGUGUCAUCAAGGAGGUGCUGAGGCUGUACACGCCGGUCUCCGGGGCCUACCGAACGGCAAUGCAGACCUUCGAACUAGAUGGAGUCCAGAUUCCCAAAGGCUGGAGUGUGAUGUACAGCAUUCGGGACACUCACGACACAGCUGCCGUCUUCAAAGACGUAGAAGCCUUCGACCCCGACCGCUUCAGUCAGGAGCGGAGCGAAGACAAGGAGGGCCGUUUCCACUACCUGCCGUUUGGCGGCGGCGUCCGCUCCUGUCUGGGAAAGCAACUCGCCACGCUUUUCCUCCGCAUUCUCGCCAUCGAGCUGGCCAGCACCAGCCGCUUUGAACUGGCCACUCACCAGUUCCCCCGUGUCGUCACGGUCCCCGUGGUUCACCCCGUCGACGGGCUAAAGGUCAAGUUCUACGGCCUGGACUCCAAUCAGAACGAGAUCUUGGCGAAGUCAGACGAGCUGCUGGGAGCGACGGUUUAGUGAGGGCAGCUGCUCAUGAGGGUUGGGUGGAGAAGUUCAGAGAUUUAAGUCUUUAGGGAGAAGAUUGAUGGAAGGAAACAAUAAUUUCAGAAAGAUUUUUCCUUCUUCACCUUUGUUCUGCCAGAUUGGAGCGUUCUUUCAGACUCUUCUAACAAAUGGUUAUCAGGACUCUUCUUUAAGAAAGGAGGAAACUGCCAAAAACUUUUUAAAUAUGCUCUAUUCUGUGUAUUUUCUGAAGAAGUAUACUUAGAAAAUAUGUACAAAAAGCUAUCUAAUAUAAUUUGAAUGGGAGUGGUGCACAACAGACUUUUGGUGAAAUGAAGAGUUGAGAUGAGAACAGUAAGGGUGUUUUAGAGAGAGGCGAGAGAUAAAACAGGGUAUAGAGAGAAGGAAUAUAAUUUUCAACCAUUUUGCUUGUGCUUAAAUUCAAUAAAUCAUUCUCAGUUGACUUGCAGGGUAAAAGAGAUGGAUUAUAUGAAAACAGAGUUUUUCUUAUUGGCAAAUAUUUAACCUCGCACCCAUGUGCUAAAAUAAUUAAUAUCUAAUACAGGGAUGAACAUUUAAAAAAAAAUCAAACAGAAAAUUGCUUUUUUUGAAUGGAUAUGUUAGGCAUACAAUACAUUUGAAAUAGAAACAACUUAGUUUUUUUUAGAAUUACCUAAAAAAAUAAGUAAGAUGUUCUCUAAAAGCAAACAGGAAGGUGACUAAAGAAUAACAAGACA